GACUGGAAUUCUCAGUCAAAAACAAUGAACCCCGAGGCGGUGGUCAGCAAGCAGCUUGCCUUUCAAGUUGUAUGUGCACUGAUCUGCAGCGAAAAACAGAAAAAGAGAAACAGACGAAUAUGGAAGAGAAAUUGCGUGGGACGACGACGCGAGCAGCCCGGAUCGUCUGUUCUGCAGCAGCAGCUGGAGGUAGAAACUACGUGUUUGUGCUUUCCAUACAAUAGAUGACUGAUGAGAAUGGGUUCAAGGAGCUGCUGCGGAUGACAGCAGAGGAAUUUGAGUUCCUGCUGCGGAUGGUCGGACCCCUCAUAACCAAGCAGCACACAAAAAUGAGACGGGCAAUAUCCCCAAGAGAUCGCCUAUCUGUGACCUUGCGGUUUUUGGCAACAGGUGAAACAUUCAGUUCCCUCAGUUCACAGCACGGGAUUGGGGCCAGCACUAUUUAACAGAUCGUUAUGGAGACUUGUGCCGCUCUGUACCAGCUCAUGAAAAAAGACUACCUGAACACACCAUCAACAGAGGCAGAAUGGCGGGCAAUAGCCAAGGACUUCGAAUCGAAAUGGCAGUUUCCACAUUGCCUAGGUGCGCUUGGUGGGAAACAGAUUCAUAUACAGCCUCCAGCAAAAAGUGGCUGCCUUGACCAUAAUAACAAGGGCAGAUUCUCUGUGACAAUAAUGGCUGCAGUGGAUGCAAAUUACAAGUUCAUUUAUACCAGCGUGGGAACCCGAGAUAAGGUCUCUGAUGCUGGACUAUUCACUCACUCUGACUUGUGUAAAGCAAUGGAUCAGGGUCUGCUGAACUUUCCUCCACCUGAACCAUUGCCCAACAGUGACAUAACAAUGCCGUACAUGUUUGUGGGUGAUGAGGAUUGUCCUUUAAGGCCUGAUCUCAUGAAGCCAUAUCCAAAUGAGCAGAUGGACCGCAGUCAGCGGGUACUGAACUAUCGUCUUUCAAGGGCACAGAGAGUUGCAGAAAAUGCAUUCAGCAUUCUAGCAAACAGGUUAAGGGUUCUCAGAAGGACUAUAUUCUUGGAGCCUGAAAAAGUGGUGAAGAUUACUAUGGCCUCUCUAUGCAUCUAUAACUUCCUCCACGAGAGCAGGUCUGUGGCACAUAAACCUCCAGCCUUUGCAGAUGGUGACCAAAGCAUAGUUGAGGAAACCUGCAGGAAUUACGGGAAUGGGUCUUUUCAGCCAGUGGAGCAAAGAAGGAAACACAAUGCAUCGGUUUCGGCAGAAAUGCAACGAAACCUUCUGUGUGACUAUUUUGUCUCGCCAGCAGGUUGUAUUCCUUCACAAGAAGAGGAACACAUUUAGCAUUUUAGGACUGUUAGAGUAUAUUUUUUUUUGUAGUGGAUAACACUAUCAAAUAUCAAGAAUGAAAUGUAUUUGUAAAGCUCUCUUCACAAUACACAUCGUUUCAAAGUUGCUUUACAGAAAUGUGUGCGUGCAUGAUGCUCACAUUUUUUACUGCAUUAAC